UUAUCUCACCUUAUCUCUACAGACGAGUUUUGUUCUUAGGAAUGAACGAGAAAUGUGCAGAUGAAUGAUAUGCUUUAGUCUUCUUUCUUCUCUCUGCCGUUCUUCAUUUCUUCAACCGUUCUCGUUUUGUUACUACAAUUCCUUUAGAUUUUACGUUUUAGUCCGCCUGAUGGAAGUCGAAGUGAAGCUACGCCUCCGGGACGCCACCGCCCACCGUCAACUAACCACCGUCCUUUCUCCUUUCUUCAUCAAAACCCUCCAUCAACAAAACUACUUCUUCGACACCCCAACAAACACCCUUUCCUCCCGACUUUCCGUUCUUCGCCUCAGCUUCCCCGACGAGGAAGCCCACUGCGACGUUUCCCUCAAAUCCAAACCUACCCUGGUAGACGGCGUCUGCCGCGUGGAGAAAGACACGGAGGAACUGGAUCUGUGCAUUGCACGCGGUUGCGUGGAGGACACUGCGAGGUUGGCGAAGACCGAGUCCAGGAUUGUGAAGAGGGUUAAAGAUGAGUUCGGGGUCGGGGAAGAAGCGGGGUUUGUUUGUUUGGGCUGGUUUAAGAAUAAAAAAACGGUCUUUUAUUGGGAAAAACUGAGGCUGGAAGUGGACGAGACUACAUACGAUUUCGGAACGUGUUACGAGAUCGAAUGUGAAAAUGAGGAUCCCGACGGCGUUAAGAGAUUGCUUGAGGAGUUCUUGAAGGAAAAUGGGAUCCCUUAUUCCUACUCUAACAUGACAAAGUUUGAUGUUUUCAGGUCUGGUCAACUCCCCAAGGGAAGUGAGUUCGAGCCUUGAGGAUGUCGGCAUGCAGUCUGAUUAUCAUACAAGCAACGGUAGAGAAGCAAGGUCGAUCAUCUUCCAUGCAAAAAUAAAUUUUUAUUCUCUCGUAAUUCGAUUCCAAGACCUUAAAUUAUCGGCCAUGAACUGAUGGUUAAUUUAAUAAGUAUUGUCUCUGCGUUUGUGGGUGUUUUCUAUUAA